CGCUUCAAACCCGGCCAAUACACCGUCCAAAAUGUUCGGCGCCAGCCACCAGCUUCCCCAGAAGUCCCUCGCAAUGAAACAGGAGGAUGACAAGUUCUUCUCUAGGGUUCUGUCCAAGGAAAGCUCCAUGGCCAAUCCAUCUUUCAAGGUCUACUAUGGAGGAUUACCUGCAAAUGUACCAUUCAUGUGGGAAUCUCAGCCUGGUACUCCUAAACACAAAUUCAGUGAAGAAACGCUUCCUCCUCUUACUCCUCCACCUUCUUAUUUCUCCAACAAUCCCAAUAAAAACCCAUUCAAGAAGCACUCAAGAUCCAAUCUUUUACGUGUUUUGUUCCUAAAGAUUAGCCUGAAGAAAAACCAUUUUCCGCAAUCUCCCUCAUCCACAUCGUCUUCUUUGUUUUCCAAGUCGGAUAUGUCCAUGCGUGUGCCUAUGAACACUACCUGUCGGAGCAGGUUUUCGAGCCCGAGCUCAUCUUUUGAUUCAAGGGGAGAUUAUGAAGAGGAUGGCGUAGUUGGCUCACCUGCUUCAGCAUUAUGCUUUGGAUUUCGUAGGGUGAUGGCUAGUGGAGCCAACAGGGAUUGUCGCCGGUUUUGAUCAGUUACCGGAAUUUCCUUACUGUUAAUAUUGCAUUGGCCAUGGAUGAUGGAUCUGAUGGCCGAGGUACCUCUUUGAGAGUCCAGACAUGCUUUGUAUGGAUCUUGCUUAUGUUUUUGUUUAUAUAUUUCAUGUGUAUAAUAUGUAUUAUUAUAGUGACCUCUACUUCAUUCUUAAACUGGUAUAUGGUAAUUGCAUUUUAGAUAUAUCUAAUUAAAUUAUGG